AUGUGGAAGCUGCAGGCUAAUUUUAUCACUCUACAUUAUGCAUACAUUCUUUUUCUGGGUCUUUUGGGAUUGGUCGUUCUUUACCCCUACGGCAAUCUCCGCGCCAUCGAUGCAUACUUCUUCGGUGUAAGCUCUUCGACCGAGUCAGGGCUUAACACAGUCGACGUUAAGGACUUGAAGCUCUACCAGCAACUCUUCGUCUACUUUGUUCCAAUCGUCUCGAACCUCGGAUUUAUCAAUAUUCUGGUGGUGGUUGUCCGCUUGCUAUGGUUCGAGAAACGCCUCAAAGAAAUCGCACCUGGUGUCCUUGAUCGAAAGAGUAACCCAUCGAACUAUGAUUCCGCUCGCUAUGACCCUGAAGCGCAUCCUCGAAGGCAGAGUGAGCCUACUACGUCAGAAAACGUACCAGGCGACUCAACAGAGAAGGAUGUCGACGAUGGCCAGCGCUUUGUUGGCUCGAAAAUUGGUCAUGUGGUACCCGAUAGGCCUAGAAGCACUGGAAGAGUACGACCUGAAAACGACAGCUCAGAUCCACAGCCAGCUGGUUUAUCGCGGAGUAUCUCCUUUGCGGACACUACCAAGGCGCUCUACAUCCCUUCACCACAAGAGCGUGACAGAGGGGUGCCGAUAGCAGAAGUCCAACGAGGACCGGGUGAGGACGUCAUCGAAGAGGAAGAUGAGGACGCCGAAACUGAGCGGAGAAACUCUGAAAAUACGGAUGACCUGUCUGAGAAUGGUAGAAGCGCUACCGGUGGCUUACCAUUCGAGCGGGUAGCAUCGUCUUUGUUCGUGAUCGGGAAACAACCUAGCAGAGCCCGAGAGCCAUCUCUGCGGCCGGCCAUAUCUCUCUCCAAAGACGCAAACCUGCCGGAGCUCUCCGUACAAGCAACACUUGGAAGGAACUCGCAAUUCCACAACCUGACUGCUGCAGACCGAGAGCGACUUGGUGGCAUCGAGUACCGGAGCCUGAAGCUACUCCUCAAAAUUGUGAUCGGUUAUUUUGUUGGGCUUCAUGUGAUUGGUGUGGUGUGUCUUGUCCCUUGGAUCUUGCAUUCGAAUCGCAAGUAUAGGGACUACCUCGACGAAUGCGGUCAAAAUGCAGUCUGGUGGGGGAUUUAUUCGGCUCAGACGAUGACUAGCAACCUGGGACUUACACUUACUCCGGAUUCCAUGAUAUCAUUCAAUGAUGCCGUGUUCCCUAUGCUAAUCAUGAGUUUUCUCGCUUACGCUGGAAACACUUUAUAUCCUUGCUGCCUCCGGCUUCUCAUCUGGGGCAUGUCUAAGUGUAUCCCUGAGAGCUCUUCUCUUAAGGAGCCCCUGGAGUUCUUGUUGAAGUACCCUCGGACAGCGUCGUUCAAUCUUGCCGACGUGAACCCGGCAGUUCAAUUCAGCUUACUCGUCAUGAUGUACAUUUCGGUAUUCCCUAUCGCUAUCAGUGUACGAGCCUCCAACAUCUAUGAAGAAAAGUCAAUCGGGGUAUUCUCAUCAGAAACCGAUAUGGACGAAGGUGACGGCAAGAAAUACGUCUUAAUGCACAUGCGAAACCAACUCAGCUUCGAUUUGUGGUAUAUUUUCCUUGGAAUCAUGUGCAUCUGCAUUGCAGAGUCGGCGAAAAUAAUGGACCCCACGAAGCCGGCCUUCUCCGUGUUCGCGAUAUUUUUCGAAGUCGUCUCAGCCUACGGAAACGUCGGCCUAAGUCUAGGAUACCCGACCGCCUCCACCUCCUUCAGCGCUCAGUUCGAUAUCUUCAGUAAGAUAGUCAUCUGUGCCAUGAUGAUUCGUGGACGGCACCGUGGACUGCCAUAUCAGCUCGACCGCGCGAUCCUCAUCCCCAACAACCGCCUUGUGGAGGAUGAUAAAGUUGAAACUCGACCAAGUAUCUCCCUGCCACGCAUCCGCAGUAUGGAUCCGACGGACAGCAGAUACAUGAAGAUGAAGAAAGCCCAUACCAGAUAG